AUGAAUAAGGUCUGGAGCAGCCCUCUUGAUCAGGCGGACGAAUUUUGUGCUUCAUUGCCAUCCGCAUCACCCUCGUUGACUCCGCGAUUUCUGGGAAUAGCUGGCCGGACCGCAGCCAAACAAGCGACAAGAUCCCACAACCGCGUCGUCUACGCGGGUGAGACCGUCAACCACUCGGGCCUUUCACCCAUGACCAGCCACGGACGCUUCCACUCAGAACGACCACCUGCAUCGAAGCUGCCUACAGUAUACCAAAGUCGAUCGUAUCCCUCGUCAAGUUUACCCAGCCCAAGCUGGAUUGAGAGAAGCAUUGUCAGCGACGAGGCUGGCAUCAGCCCCUUUAGUGACCUCCCUCCCGAGGAGGAGUUCUACCUGAGAUCCAUGAAGAAGGUCCUGUUCUUCCCUCCGAACGGCAUCAUGAACACCUACAUGGUGGCCUUCCUCGACCACGUGCUGCCGGAGUUCCCCGUCGUCGAUCGGUUCAAGCUAGCAAGUAUCUAUGAUUCCUUCCUCGGCGGCGUCGUCCUAUCACCCUUGCUGUUCCACGCCAUCCUUUUUUCCGCCUCCCAGUAUGUCGACAAUGACACCCUGAAGCAAACCGGCUUUGACACGCGGAUGAGCGCCAAAGAGUAUUUCUACCGGCGGGCUGCCAUGUUGUACUUUCUCGACUGUGAACAGGACCAGCUGCUCGUGAUCCAGGCCGUCAUCUUCAUCAGUCCAUGGUGGUCCGACUACAACGAAGACAAAGACACGCGAUACUGGAUCUCGUGCGCCUGCAACCUGGCGCAGGCCAUGGGUAUGCAUGCCACCAUGUCCAAAUGGACGCAAAUCUCCCCUCACGAGAGAUCCCUCUGGCGGAGGAUUUUCUGGACCCUUUUUUCCCGAGAACACAACGUCGCCAUCGGCGUUGGGACGCCUUUCCUGCUGAGGCGCGAUGAUAUCAACGUGGAACCCCUGACUGUAAACGAUUUCUACGAGUUCUUGGACUCAACUCCAGUCGAACCGGCUAGCAAAAGCCCACCAGGCGUCAUAGACUUCACUGCAUUUUCCCGUGUCCACGUCUCGUUCGCGCUCGAGCUAGUUCGGUUGUCGGUGAUGAUGGACCAGUUGGUUAAAAGGGAAUCCCCCAGUCUACAACACCAGACCAACGCGCUGGAGUUCUACGCCGAGUUCCAGAAUCGACUUGCACGGGAAUCUCCUCCAGUGCUGGUGAACCUCUGCGCGAAUGUGCCGGGAUUGAGAGAAAGUACCCAUGACAACGACACCGACGUGGAGGAAAUGUGGCUCACGUUUCUGCGGAUCAAUUAUGAGCGGAUCCUCGCGCUGAACGCCCGGUACUUGUACAAGGCGAUUUUGAGCGCCACGUCGACGCUCCCUGGCGUCCCAUCAGAGGAGCAGGCAAGAAUGCUGAUCGUGCGCUCGGCGUCGAGAACCCUGAACAUGUUUGAAGAUUUGUUGGCGAUGGGGUUCUUGAAGUACUCCCAUGGGUUUAUGAAUACCGCCAUCAUCAACUCGAUGAUCACAAUGGCCGAAGAAAUCAAACUGGCCCCGGAGGACAGCCAGCGGUACAAAACGGCCGAAAACAAAUUCGCGCUGGGCAUGAUGAUCCUCGAAGAGAUGCGCAAAUACUGGCCUGCGCCACUGUGGGCAUACUCGCUGUUCAGCCAUCUCAGCCAAGAUCAUUUUUCACGGCUGAAGCAACUCCUCCCGCAAAGGCUGUCAUCCUCGUCGCCUCCCUCUUCUUCCAACGCCGAUCGUCGAGAAAUCGACACCGCCCGAGACAAGGCCCCAUGCGAGCCAUGCUGGCCUGGUCAGACGGUCGACAAUUUCUGGUGGGACGACCUGUUCUCGCUGGAAAGUCGCGGCCAGCAGCAGCAGCAGCAGCAGGAUGCGGCGCUGUGGCUCCAGUGCGAUUUUGCAGAGCUGCGCAAUUCCCUGGGGUGA